GAAACACUUCAUCUGCUUCAGAUUCUCUUCUUCUCGAUCGACUUUGCCUAGAAUUUUCCCGGGAAAAUCAGAAAUUUUCUCGGAGAAAAUUGGUUUCGUUAUCAUGAACUGUGUCUCUACUUCAUUCAAAUUGAUUCCUUUUCCAAUUACACAAUCAUCAAUCGCUCCGAAAUUUCUUCACAUUCCGAGCUCGAAAGCUUCAAUUUUUUCUCCCAGAUGUCGUAGUUUCGCUUCUUCUUCUUUCACAAUCCGGAGGAAACAUCUGACUCUAGUUUAUUCGAAAUCUUCAGACGCGGAGGAGGUGUCGGAAACGGAGGACGAAUGGCUGAAGAAGCUACCGGAGAAGAACAAGCCACUGUAUUCGCAUAGCUUACCUUGCAUAGAGGCGUGGCUGAGAAAAUUAGGGUUUUACCAAAGCAAAGACGACAGAGCUGUUUGGUUGAUUCAGAAACCUGAUUGGCACGCUCAGUUAUCUCUUGACGUCACAGAUCUCUGCAUAAGGUACUUGAAAAGCGGGCCGGGAAAUCUAGAGAGGGACAUGGAAAGAAGGUUUAGCUAUGCGUUGAGUAGAGAAGAUACAGAGAAUGCCAUACUUGGAGGACCUUAAAAGAAUAAAGAGUUUGUUGAGUAUCUUUGUUAUAAUUAAACUUUGCUUAUGCUGCUAUUUCUGUAGUUUUCCAUUAUAUUCAUAUGGUGCAUUUGCUUGUUUGUAUCAUAGAUUCUUUAGAAGGAGGUACUAUUCCAUAAACUUUAAGAACCAAUACGUAGAUAAUCUUUACUUAUUGAAA